GCAUGUCUCUUUCAGCAGGCGUGACUGCUGUUCUCUCUCUCCUGCUCCAGUAACUGGAGGCACAAGUCUCUUCUUCACCAGCCUCAACUUCAUUUCUCAGAAGGCCUGGGCUGUGUUCUGCUGCUGCAACCAUGGCACCCAAAAAGAACAAGGCGACCAAAAAGAGUAAAGGGGACAUAAAUGAAAUGACCAUAAUGGUUGAGGACAGCCCCAUCAACAAGAUCAAUGGGUUAAACACUCUGUUAGAAGGAGGUAAUGGCUUCAGCUGCAUUUCAACUGAAGUUACCGAUUCUGUGUACGCCCCAAACCUGUUGGAGGGUUUGAGCAACAUGAGACACGAGAGCUUCCUCUGUGAUCUAACAGUCGCCACCAAGUCAAAGUCAUUUGAUGUCCACAAGGUUGUCAUGGCCUCCUGCAGUGAGUACAUUCGAAACAUCUUGAAGAAGGAUGCAACCCUCCAAAAGAUCGAGCUGAACGACCUGUCACCGGUCGGCCUCGCCACUGCAAUUACAUACGCAUACUCUGGAAAGCUAACCCUGUCGCUAUACAGCAUCGGCAGCACUAUUGCCGCAGCCAUGCUGCUGCAGAUCGGCACCCUGGUGAAGAUGUGCAGUGAUUUCCUCAUGCAGGAGCUCAGCGUGGAGAAUUGCAUGUAUGUGGCCAAUAUCGCUGAUGCCUACAACCUCAAAGAAACCAAGGAGGCAGCUCAGAAGUUCAUGCGGGAGAACUUCAUCGAGUUUUCUGAGAUGGAGCAGUUCCUGAAGCUCACCUAUGAGCAGAUCAGUGAUUUCCUCUCUGAUGACUCCCUGCAGCUCCCCUCCGAGGUCACAGCCUUCCAGAUCGCCAUGAAAUGGUUGGAUUUUGACGAGAAGAGGCUGAAGUACGCGGCAGAUCUCCUAACUCACAUCCGCUUUGGCACCAUCUCUGCCCAAGACCUGGUGAAUCAUGUCCAGAGUGCGCCUAGGAUGAUGCAAGACUCCGAGUGCCACCGUCUCCUUGUUGACGCCAUGAAUUACCAUCUGCUGCCAUAUCAACAGAACAUCCUCCAGUCACGCAGAACAAAGGUACGCGGUGGCCUCAAGGUGAUACUCACAGUUGGUGGACGUCCUGCCUUGACAGAGAAGUCUCUCAGCAAAGACGUUCUCUACAGAGAUGUAGAUAACGUGUGGAAUAAGCUGACAGAAAUGCCAGCAAAGAGCUUCAAUCAGUGUGUGGCAGUCUUGGAUGGCUUCUUGUAUGUGGCAGGUGGUGAGGACCAGAAUGAUGCAAGGAACCAGGCUAAACACGCUGUUGGCAACUUCUGCAGAUAUGACCCCCGCUUCAACACUUGGAUUCAUUUGAGCAACAUGAUCCAGAGGCGCACCCACUUCAGCCUCAACACCUUCAAUGGCCUCUUGUUUGCUGUCGGAGGCCGCAACGCUGAUGGUGUUCAGGCCUCUGUGGAGUGCUAUGUGCCUUCCUCCAACCAAUGGCAGAUGAAAGCUCCCAUGGAGGUGCCCCGCUGCUGCCAUGCCAGCUCCGUCAUCGAUGGCAAGAUCCUUGUAUCCGGAGGUUACAUCAACAAUGCCUACUCCAGGGCCGUGUGCUCGUAUGACCCCUCUACUGACACCUGGCAGGAUAAGAGCAGUCUCAGCACACCUCGAGGCUGGCACUGCGCUGCCACAGUGGGAGACCGAGCCUACGUCAUCGGUGGCAGUCAGCUGGGAGGUCGUGGAGAGAGAGUUGAUGUCCUUGCCGUUGAAUCUUAUAAUCCUCACAACGGGCAGUGGAGCUACUGCACAUCUCUUCACACAGGAGUGAGCACAGCCGGUAUUUCCAUUUUGAACAACAAGAUCUAUCUCCUUGGAGGCUGGAAUGAGGGUGAGAAGAAGUACAAGAAAUGCAUUCAGGUUUACAACCCUGACUUCAAUGAAUGGACUGAGGAUGAUGAAUUGCCGGAAGCUACAGUCGGCAUUUCUUGCUGUGUCGUCACCAUACCCACAAGGAAAACACGAGAGUCCAGAGCCAGUUCAGUUUCAUCCGCACCAGUCAGUAUAUAAGGAUUAAAAUGAUAACAGUGAUGUAGUUUACAUGUUUAAUGGUCUCCAGCUUGUCUGCUGCAUAAAACGUGGUUCUCAACUCUACCAACAACCCUUUUUGGGACUAAGAUGAUCAGUUUAAAUGGUCAUCAACUUUCUUUAGAUGAGCAAAAAUGAGUAAAAUGCAAAAAUUACAAAUUUGGGAACACAUUCUUAUACAUUUAAAAUAAAAUAAAAAUAAAUAAAUAAAUAACUACUCCAAUAAUUUGCAGCAAAUUGGAGCCAGUGCUGGUAAGGAGAAUUAGGAAACUUUCAAUUUUAGUUUCAAUAUUUAUAGUUUAAUAAUUA